UGGCCAGGCUCCUCAUAAACCGGCUCUGUACUUAUCGCCACAGCCCCACACCUUGUGGGCGGUCCCAAAGCCUCAGCUCCUCUGUGCUCCCUCAGACUGACUGGGCGAGACGUGUGAGUGGCCGCGCUGCUGGAGGCUCUCAAAUAUCGGAAGUCUACUUGCUGCAAAAUGAAAAUCUUCGUGGGAGCGAGUUUGGUGUUUUGUAUGGCCCUGCUUGGUCUGGGCUCUGCGAUCAAGUGUUACAAAUGUCGGGACUACACUGGAAGUUGCACUAAAACCCAGGAUUGCAGAUUUGAGGACUCCUGUCUGACGCUGAAUGAGAGAGGUGGUGAGACGUACCGGCAGUGUAUAAAACAUUCAGACUGUGACUACAACCUCCUGUCACAGAUGUUUCCCCAGGUCUCCAGCUUCACAUUCAAAUGCUGCAGCUCUGACCUGUGUAACGGGGCAUCCACGACCACGACCAGUAGCUCGGUGCUGGGCUUACUGGUCUCCUUGGCAGUGUGGUGGUGGUGUGUCCUCUGAGUUAUCCUGCUAUUUAAAAGAAUUGUAUGCUGCCCCCUGCUGUGCAUACUGCUACUAGGCCUGAGCAGCUCUGUAAAUGUGUUGGAGAUGAACCAAAUCACUUAAACUAAAAUUAAGUUUCUGUGGUGACCACAUGCUUAAUUAAUGCUACAGUACAAGUUGUUCAAAUUUUAAAAUAGCUCUUUCCAGCUGAAGUUGAAGAUGAAUCUGAAGCACUCAAAUUGAAUUUAAAUAGUGGUAACCUGCUGAUUUACUGUAGUAGUAUCAUAUAAGUGGGAAUGUAAGUUUAAGUAGGAUAAAGAGUGGGAAAACCUGGAGACAAUGGAGACCACAUUUCUCACGUUUAUCAAACAGCACCACUUUAGAUUUCAGGGUUUGUCAUCAUCGCCCUAAAAGAGAUUUUUACCCUCUGAUUUUCAGAAUGGGGGCAAAUAAAUUUCUUCAGUACACCUCAAAGAUGUGCAUCAUGUUGUAGUUGGUGUAAUGCUGAAUAAGGAACGGAGUUUAAGCAGCAAUGGGUAAAAUUAAUUAUAUUUUCAAAAAUCGCCACCAUUGCACCCUUUGGUAAACAAAAUAGUUACAGACCCGAUACACGGUCUCCUAUGUAGUUUCUUCCAAAACGUCACUACAUCCUCUGAAUUACGAGGCAGUUAAGUGGUCUAAACCAAGAAUUUAUUGUGUGUAAUGCCAUUCAGUACUGUCUUCUGGGUUUGAUGGUAGAGGGUUCCUGAGCAAGCUCAAAAUAAAUCGGUUUCUGUGCAAAAUUAUACUUCGUAAAUGCUUAGUCAUCUAUAAACAGAGAAAUGCAUGUGUUUUUUUCAGAACAGAAACAGCACCAGAUAUUUCAACAGUUCCAUUUUAUAACAGUACUUGUUAGUAAUUUCUAACAAUGUUUUAUGUACACUCAUGACACCGGUGAGUGCAAACUGCUUCAUUUACCCAAUGAGCUGAUCAGCUGGCCAACUAAUCCAUGAUCAGAAGCAGUAAUGCUAGUGUCUCUUUUUAGCUGUGGAAAAGCUGAACCAGUAUUUUGAAGUCAAUAUAAUGGGGAAAAUAGGAAGUAGCCAGGCUUCCCAUAAACUGGUGUGAUCAAGAAAUAAAUAAUGCUACACACAUGCUGCAAGUAAGCCGUCAUUCCUGCAAACUGAGUCCUGAAUUUUUGCUGACCACAAGGUACAAUGGCAGUGAUUUUGGUUUUUGAAAAACAGAAUUUUUCAUGUAGAGAAAAAAUAACUUGCACUCAGUUGUUUGGACAUGAUGCUGACUACAAAAUGAUGCCCUCAGUGGGCUAUAAAGGAACGGGCAAUACUAAAUCAGCCCAAGCCUGAUCAAUGCUGGCCUUUUGCAUCUGAAAAUAUUAUUUGAUCAGCAUGUUCAUGUAUGCGCGCUAAUAGGAGUAGAAAAUGUGCUUUUUAUAUUGAUCAAUGAAUCUUUAGUCAAUGGUAUGCGGCAGUAUUGAGUUGUUUGUUUGAGAGGGAGGAAAGUUUGCAUGUUAACGUAUUAAGGCUGUUAAGUUGAAAUGACGUAUGUCACCGCUGCCUCACACUAAUACAUUUCAGUGAGCUUAAAGUAUACAAGUAAAGGGUUUUUAAUAUGCUUUACAGAAAAGCAUAUGGCUGAUUUACCCAACAGCACAGCGUGUUUUCAAAACAGUUUUCUAGGUUUGUAACCCAACUGUAAGAAAAAGCUGACUGUGUGUCCAAUAAAGUGGACAAUAUAAAACCA